CUUUAUUCAGUCCUGUACUAUCACAUAUAGUGCCACAGAUGUGUCUGAGUGCUAAAGUGAACACUUCUGGUCUGGACUGUCUGCUUUAUAUCCUCACAGUGUCGACGCCCUUUCAGUGAGAAGGCAGGUUUACCAAACUGAAAGUAAAGUCAGCGUUAUAAAUACAGCACGGCAUGGAGGACUGACAGCACUAGCACACACAGUCUGACAGGUUGAGGAGCAAUGGCAAACUCAGUGCUUUACAUCGCUAUAGACUUUGGCACAUCCUACAGUGGAUACGCCAUCAGCUUUAAAACCAAGCAGCCUCAAGAAUCAAUCCUAAUUCCUAACUGGGGUGUAGACUAUGGCUACAACACCUUCAAAACCCCCACCUGCAUCUUGUUUGAUGAACAUGAGACGUUUCAGAAGUUUGGCUAUGAUGCCAUGAUGACGUACACUCGGUCAACUGUAAAGAGUCAGGCGAGGAAAAGCUUUCUGUUCGAGCACUUUAAAAUGGAGCUCUACGACAAGGAAAUCCACCGGGAUCUGAUGAUCACUGCAAAAAACGGAGGCCAAAUGAAGGCGCUGACCGUUUUUUCGGAGAGUCUGCGAUAUCUGAAGGAUCACGCUCUGGAGAAGGUCAAGGAAAACCCAACCGGCAAGACGUUCAUUGCCUCAGACGUUACAUGGGUCCUGACCGUUCCUGCCAUCUGGAACGCAGCGGCCAAACAGUUCAUGAGAGAAGCAGCUAUUGAGGCAGGUCUAGUGAUAGAGUCUGAGCCAGAGAGGCUCGUCUUUGCCUUGGAGCCUGAGGCUGCAUCUAUUUACUGCAAACAUCUGCCAAGUGAAGGCUACAUAUCAGAGGAGGCCUGUCGAGACACACUGGAACAAAAACCUGGAACCCAGUAUAUGGUUGUGGAUUGUGGAGGUGGCACUAUUGAUAUAACGGUACACGAGGUGGUCGAGGACGGCAAACUGAAAGAACUGAACGCCGCUUCCGGAAAUGACAUGGGUGGACAGACCGUAGACAGGAAGUUCAUCUCUUUUCUGAAAGAAAUAUUUUCAGAGAAAAUUUACAACAAGUUUGAACAAGAUUUCCCAGCAGAGGCGCUGAAAUUAAAAUAUGACAUUGCUCUAGCUAAAUCUUGUGAUCAACUUGUGCUGAUCCAGUGCCCAGUGACCUUGCAGGAACUGGCCAAGAAAGAAAAGGCAAUCGAGAGUUACUUUGAGGGUGUUGAGGGAGCGGAAUGGGACGAGGGGUCGAUCAUAAUCAAAGAGGAUAAACUGCAGAGCUUUUUUGAUGAAAGUCUCAAGACAACAGCAGAGAAACUAGAGAAGAUCACGAGCAACCCUGAGCUGAACAUUGAGUACAUGCUGUUAGUCGGAGGCUUUGCUGAAUGUAAAAUUCUGAAGAAGUUUCUGAAGGAGCGCUUUGAUAAAUGCAAGAUAGUCUGCCCUGUUGAACCCCAGGUAGUAAUAAUCAAAGGAGCGAUCAGAUACGCCAAACAGCCCAAAGUGGUCAAAUCCCGUAUGAGUGCUCUAACAUACGGGAUCAGAAUAGAUGCGCCCUUCGAUAAGGUCUUACACAAAGACAAGAGUAACUAUGUGAACAGUGAGGGACAGACGUACUGUGAUGUCUGUUUCGAAACAUUCGUUAGAAAGGGAGAGUCGGUCAACUGUGAUGAAGUUCGACAGUUCUUUUUUAAUCCAUCACACACCAAUCAAACAUCUGCCAUCUUUCAGUUCUUCAGCACAAAUGAAAAACAGGUGCAGUUUAUCGAUGAGCCGGGGGUUGAGCCGGUUGGCUUUUUUGAAGUGGGAAUGCCCAAAACUGAUGGAGGCUUGAGUCGUGAAAUUAAAUUGGAAAUAAAAUUUGGCUCCACUGAAAUGAAGGCAACUGCCACUGAUGUUGAUUCUGGAGAGACUACAUCAGUCAAGCAUGACUUUAUUAACAGUUAAUAUUAAACACACUUGAAGAGUCGAGAAGAAAGCGCUGCCGCCACCAUUCUGCAUAUCUAAAAUACAUUACAAACAGGCAGUGUCUAUUUAAAGCAUCAGUUAUGUCAAUUAUUAAAGUUUCUCAUCAUAAAUCAAUACCGUGAUUGGUAGUGUUUGACAUCAAGCAGAGCAAAAAUUAAAUAGCAAAGUAGUAUAGGCAAAACAAGGGGUUUCUAUAGUGUUGUUUUCCUUCCUUUCUCUCUGUUGUGAAUGUUUAUUACUGAAUGAGGAACCCAGUUGGGCCGUGUUUCAGACAGGUUAUACUCUACUCUGAGCUAGUCAUAUAUCACUGUUGGACUUCAACAGAUCCUGAAGCUGGCUCCCUUCGUAAAAGAUGUGUUGUUCUUUAGUCUAAUAAUCAGCGGACCCUCUGAAUGCAGGUAUCCCAGAGACCUGAACAGGAAACAGAAAAAAGUUGAAACAGCAGCAAGACUUACAGUGUAUUAUUAUUGAUUAUUUUGUUAAAGUUAUUCUAGCCGCAUAUCAAAUUACAGUUAAUUUAGGGUAGCACUGCAGGAUUUCAUCACCCAGGCUUAAGAAGAGUGUUUAGUUUGAUCAUGGAAUGGUGAAAAAGGAAAAUUUAUAGAGAUUUUAUAUAUAUCAUGUAUUGCCAUACUGUAAUUUCCCUCUAAAAUGAGUGAUUUUGUCGUGUCAUUGUGUUACAAAUCAAAAUAAAAGCAACUGUGCAUUAAACAAC